AUGGAUGAAAAUAAAGAGAUACAGAGUGAUACCUCUGAUGGCAUUUUUGAGGCCCAACCGUUACCCCAUCUGCAAGGGCCACCACCUCCUCCAAAUGGCGGAGCUCAAGCCUGGCUCCAGGUGCUUGGUGCACACUUGCUAUUCUUCAACUCAUGGAAAGUCGAUAGGGGUAUAAUCAACACUUUCGGGGCGUAUCAAGCGUUUUAUGAGCAAAACCUCCUAUCAACGCACAACUCGUCUCAAAUUUCCUGGAUUGGCACCUUUCAAGGCUUCCUUUUAGUCUUCUUCAGCUUCAUCGCCGGCCCUAUAUUCGACCAAGGCUACUUCCAUGCCCUAAUAAUCACCGGAUCCGUACUCGUCGUCUUCGGCAUGAUGAUGACCUCCCUCGCAACACAAUACUGGCAACUCUUCCUCGCGCAAGGAGUAGUCACCGGCCUCGGAGCCGGCUGCUUAUUCCUGCCAUCCAUCGCAAUAGUAGCCACGUAUUUCACGACUAAACGCGCACUCGCCACGGGCAUCACUGCAGCGGGCGGUAGUGUCGGAAGCGUCAUCUACCCCGUGGUGUUCCACAAGCUGCAGCCGCGCAUAGGCUUUGCGUGGGCAACGAGGAUCAUCGGCUUCAUUGCACUAGCGACGCUGCUUGUCAGUAUACUGAUCAUGAAGACGCGUCUCCCGCCACCGAAGAAGUCUCGCCGCAUGAUCGACCCUGCUGCGCUACGGUCGCUGCCUUAUAUGGUGUUCAACCUUGGGCUAUUUUCCUCAUUCGUUGGGCUCUACAUACCGUUCUUCUAUGCCAUUAUCUAUGCGGAGCGCAACCUGGGGAUCAAGGAGGACUUAUCAUUUUACAUGCUGGCGGUGUUGAAUGGUGCUUCGGUCUUUGGACGUAUCCUUCCCGGUUUAUUGGCAGACAGGGUCGGCUCGCUCGAAGUCAUUACAAUUGCCUCGCUCAUCUCCGGCAUUAUCGCUUUCUGCUGGCUGGCGGUCGAUAAUCUAGGCGGACUCGUUGUAUUUUGCAUAUUAUAUGGAUUCAUUUCUGGUGCGGUUGUUUCGCUGCCCGCGACCGUUAUAGCUGGUUUCUCCCCGGGGUUACAGCUUGUAGGAACUUGGAUUGGGAUGUCGCUGUGCUUUGCAGCUAUGGGUUUUUUGAUUGGAAACCCAAUUGCCGGGACGAUAAUCAAUAUUGCAGAGAACAAGUUCAGUGGCGGGAUCAUUUUUUCGGCCUCUUUUACUGCUGCGGGAGCUGUUGCAUUUGUCUUGGCGGGGGCUUUGAGAUUGCGUGCGUCUAGAGCUGCAAAACAGUGA